GCUAGCGCAGUGCCUGGACCUCCAGGAGCCGCUUUCGCACUCAACUCGAGGAUCUGAAGCUUGCGGGUGGGGGAGUUUAAGCUCCAAGCGCAGAUUCUCCGGCGGCUGAGCGUGGGAGCGAGACCUGGAGCUGCUAUACGGAGAACGGGCUGCAGACCCGCGACUAACGAUUCCGGGCCAAAGAUUAUAGUGGACAGCUUUAAAUUCUGGAUUGACAGCCUCCGGGGAAUCCCUGUCUCCCUCGGCCAGCUGCUGUAAGUUUUCGGAUCGUGUAUUGAGCUCGUGUAUUGUGCUUCUAUCGGUGGACUGCAGGUAAUGCAGAUGUAAUAGUGAUGUUCCUGGAGCAAUAAAAUAAGCCAGAGGCCUGGAUCAAUGUCCGACCCAAUCCCAUUUCGACAUUGAACUCUUAACUGAAGUGGUCCAGCAGGUCAGUCAGGGCAAUUAGAGUGCUUAAAAGAUUACCACAUCAUAGCAAUGGCCAAUAUCCUAACCGCCUUGAUUUGUGCUUCUGAGAAAUCAGCAAAUAUUGCUCGAGCUUGUAAACGAGAGGAGGCACUGUUCCAGCUUCUGAUCGAAGAGAAGAAAGGACCAGAUAAAAAUAAGAAAUUUGUACAAGACUUCAAGACUCUGGCAGAUGUCAUCAUUCAAGAAGUGAUUAAGAAUGACAUUGCAGAAAAGUUUCCAGAACUUGCACCGCACAUCGCUGGAGAGGAAUCCAAUAAGUUUGAAAAUGGUUUGGGUGAAACCAUUACUGUGAAAGUCUGCAAAACGGAGCAAGGGACAGCAGAAUUGCUGAGUAAAGUGCUAGAUGGGAAUCUGAAAGCUGCUGGGCUUUUGGCCAAGUGUAUUCACGAAGAUGUUCGCAUUGAUGGUCCAGACUUGCAAAAACUAACAAUAAGCAUCCCUAUUGACACCAUAGGGAUAUGGGUUGAUCCUAUUGAUUCAACUAAUCAGUACAUCAAGGGACAACUUGAAGAGAAAUUCAAAGAUGGUAUCCAUACAUAUGGUCUGAAAUCCGCUGCUGUUCUUAUCGGAGUCUUUGACAGAAACUCAGGACAGCCAAUCAUGGGAGUUAUUAACAUACCAUUUAAUGAAGUGGACCUCAAUUUAAGGUGGCAGGGGAAAUAUUACUGGGGUAUUUCCUACAAGGACAUCAAUAUCCACUCCGUAUCAAAGCAGAUACCUGUACGCAACCAACUCUCAAUUGUCAUGAGCUCAAGUGAGAAGGAAAGCAUCAAGAAGGCAUUAGCUCCUCUCUGUGGUGAACAAAUGUACUAUGCUUGUGGGGCAGGAUACAAGGGCUUGUGCACUAUCCUUGGUUUAGUAGAUGCCUACGUCUUCACAGAAGACACUACAUUUAAAUGGGAUACUUGUGCCCCUCAUGCCAUUUUAAAAUCUUUGGGAGGAGGGAUUGUGAACUUCACCAAAGCUCUGACUGAGCCAAAAGAUGGAGGGCCUAGCAGCUUUCCCGAGCUCCAGUACAAGAAACCUGAUGAAGGGGCAAAAGAAACAGAGAAGUGGGCCAACACAGGUGGCCUUAUAGCUUACAGGUCCAGAGAGCACUUAGAGGCCAUUAUUAAUGCACUCAGUUUAACUGUGGGCACUUAAGGUGGCAUUUCACUUCACACUACAACUAAGAGAACUUGUCUCAAGUGCCUUUUUUUUUAAAAAAAAACUCACUGUACUGUCCCUACCCCAUUUUUGAAAAGAUAAUUAGAUUUGAUAUACCAAAUUAUUUUAGAAUACAAACAAUAUACAGUAAAUCAGGUGUACACUGUUUCCUUGCUCCAUCAUCUUAAACUUGUGGACAUGAGAAAUAAAUUAUUGUACAAUAACUCAUCAGUCUAUUGCUAUUUUUAAAUAAAAUUAUUUGUAUAUGAUUUCAUUUUUCAAAUCACCAACAGAACAAUGAGAAGUUCUCGAGUAGUGAAAAUCUGGCCACUGCUGGCUCUACUCAUUCCAACAAAUCAAAAAAUACUCCCUUUGGUCUCUUGCCUGUAGGUCUGUCAAUGCAGUUAUACUUGGGCAAAAUAGUUAAUGGGUUGCCCAUAUACCAACAAUGCUACAUCUGUAUGCAUAUGCCAUGAAUUCACACAUAUAUUUUGGUUUCCAAUCUUUUUCCCCACCUCUCCCGAAGGCUCAUGUGGCCAUUUUUCAUGUGACUGUUGGCAGUUUGACCACGAGAUCAUAGUAGAGCCUAAAAAACGUUUAUAAAAUAUACUAUGCUUCAUGUAUGUGUACCACAUGUAGAUACACACACACACACCAAGUACGGAAACACUAAGUAGUGAUCAGGAGUUGGACCCCAGCUAAUUUCUCCGACUGCAUGGACAGCAAGGCCAACUGCAGUGUCUCUGCUUUAUUUUAUGGGAUGGGGUAUUUUAAUUCAACAAUUUAAUCUUUGUUCCUUUGAGUCAGUGUCAAUCAGUGGUGAAAAUGAAAUAUCUGCAAGGUGUUUUCACACAAUAACUAUGGCAAACGCUAAAAUGGAGCCUAUAAAUACAACCAAAACAAUCUGGAUCAGUUGCAAGGACUGAUUGCUGUCAAACUGACUUAUGAACUAUAUUAGCUAAUUUAUCAAAACAGAUUUAACUGUUGUACUGCCAUUUUUCAUGAAAUUAAAGAUUAGAUGCACAACA